ACAAAGCAUACUCAACAAUAAAGUAUUGUCAAAGUUAAACAUGAAUCCAAAUGAAGUUAAAAAUAUCCCCGAUGAAAAAUGGUCCAUAGAUUAUGUCCUGGUAAUUAAUCGCUCCAUUUUAAAUUCCAAUCUGAAGAUAAACUGGUUGGAGACUUACAUGCAAAAUUUGCAGUCAUUUGGGUUCCAAUAUGAAAGAAAAGAGUUUGUUUGGGAUCGUAACGUUGAAUUUAUUUUGUUGCAUUUACAAGAGAAUAACAUUCUUGAAAUUUACGAAGCAUACAAAAUUGAAAUGACCAAGAACAGCGAGAUUUAUAAGUUUACGCAAAUUAAAUGGAAGUAUUUUAAAAACUUUUUAUUGAAACCUGAUAAGUUGAAACCGUUGUAUUUAAGAGCACCUGAACUAUUUGAUGGCGACAAACCAGAAACCUUGACACCGGCCGAGCGAAUCCACGCGAUCAGCUUCAUUUUGAAGCGAAACCUUUACGGAAGAGGUCCAUACGAAUUCGGCCUGGAAAACUUGAAAAAAGCCGGCGUUCUGGACUGCGCCUAUCCCUUGCACGACGGCGACCAUCACUGGACCGAAAGCGGUCCGCUGACCAGAAGGCAGUUACUGUUCGAAUUCUGGGCCAGGCCCAAACGAUGGUACCAGAUGCAGCCCAGCAACCUGAUCGAGAGUUACCUGGGUACUGACUACGCCUUUCAGUACGACUGGUUGGGCGUGUACACCGCCAUGCUCAUCAUACCGUCCAUAACGAGCAUCGUGGUGAUUUUAUACGGAGUGGCGACGAUAUCUUCCACAGAUCAUCCCGAAGCCAAUACGGUGUGCAAAUCGAACAAACUCAUAUGCCCCACGUGCUCCAUGUGCAAGUACUAUUACCUUAGGGAAACGUGCGUGUUCGAGAACUGGUCGCACGUCUUAAGCAACACGGGAACGAACGUCUUCGCCAUCUUGAUUUCCAUAUGGUCGACUUUCGUUUAUUCCCUGUGGAAUCGCAUUGAAAUCAUGAACGAAUUGAAAUGGAACGUUAAGUUUAUGGAAAAGGAUAUGACGAUGAGGCCAGAGUACAAAUACACUGCCUAUUAUCGGGAAGAACGCAACGGGCGCUUGGAACCGUACGUGCCGUUCUAUUCAUUUUUUAUCCACACACUGUUUUCGACUUUUGUGAUUGUUGGGUUGAUUGGAUUUACCGUUUGGGUUCAACUAUAUAUUAGAAUAUUUAGAAUGCAGUUCACCAUGUGGCUCGAUAAGGAGUUUACCACGUCUCCAUACGAAAGUGCAAGCAGGGUUGAAUCGAUAGCUUCGCAGUUUUUAAGUGCAAUAAUAAUAGCCCUGUUUACGUUAAUCUACCAAAAAAUUUACUACAGGAUUUCUUACAAAUUAACGAAAAUCGAAAACCCGAGAACGCAAUGGGAGUUUAUGGUAUCUUACUGCUACAAAUGUUACAUUAUAGAUAUUAUAAACUUUUACACGUCCCUAUUCUUAACUGGAUUUUUUGAAAUCACAUCUGAUCCAACCGAAGAGUUUAGUUCUUUAUUAUACGAAACGUUCAGAGAGGGCUGCAUAAGUUUGAACUGUGUUUUGGAAAGUGUUAUAUUGCAGUUUACAAUAUGGUUUAUUAGAAGUAUAUGGAAAUUAGUUGCGAAGCUGAUUUACCCUAAGAUUUAUCUACAUUUUAGAAAACGCAAAUAUCAAAAUAAAUACAUAGGAUUGACCAGAAUGGAUGAUCUCUCGCAAUGGGAAAAAGAUUUUUUGCUAGAGACCCCAGAAAAACUACAAGUAGUCCAUGCAAUGUUGGACGAACUUGUUGAAUACGGAUUUGUUUCUUAUUUUAUUUCCGUUUUCCCACUUGCCCCUCUAUGCGCUUUCCUCACCAACGUUAUACACUUACGUAUAGAGGCUUACAGAACGGUGGCGUAUAGAAGACGGCCGCAAUCAAUCAAAAUUAAUAAGGUGGUCAAUUGGUCCUUUCUACUCAAAUGUACCACAUACAUCGGAAUUUUCACAAACGCUAUUUUUAUUUGCUUUACUGGCAAUUUCGUGCACCAUACCUUCGAAAAAUUAAAUGCCAACUACAUUGCAGAUGAAUAUUCAUUUUUAAAAAUAAAUACAUCAAAAGUCAUUUCCUAUUACAACUACACCGUCAAGGAGGAUUACUGUUAUUAUAAAAUGGUUGGACGAACCGACAAUCGGUUCUUUGUAAUCAUCAAGUCUUACACAGCCCUAUUUUUCCUAAUUGUACUGCACUUAGUGUUCCUUAUAAAAGGACUUGCUUCGUUUAUUAUAUCCCCUAUUCCGCCGUCGGUUCUUGCAGAAGCAGCGCGUCAUCAAAAAGAAAAAAGAAAGGAAAAGAUUCGAACUUUGGAGAAUACCGUACUGUUGGAACUAAAGGAAGAAACCCGGGUAAGGUUUGACCUUAAAAAGAAACAUUAG